AGAUUUCUCUUUUCUAUUUUAAAACACUAUGAAAAUUACUUUAUUUAAAUGUAAUCUUACUUAAGAUUUGUCCAUGUGUAAUCCCGAUGGCCCUACCUUCUGUAUACCUUCUGUAUACGUUUAACCAACUUCCACACUAGACAUGGAUAAUGAGUUUGAUAAGCCCGCCAAAGGACCUGGUUUCAAGAUGUCAGAGGGAGAUUGGACUUGUGACGAAGAAGGAUGUGGCAAUAUAAAUUACGCUCGAAGAACAGAAUGUAACAGAUGUAAAGCCCCAAAACCUGUCGGCAAAUCUAAAGUGAAAGUUGGUGGUAUCCAAAUCGGGAAACAGUUGGCAGAGAAGAGCAAGGGACUGUUCUCGGCAGACGACUGGCAGUGUACCACUUGUGGGAAUGUUAACUGGGCUCGCAGAUCAGAUUGCAACAUCUGUCACGCCCCCAAGUUUGGUAAGAUAGAGGAGAGAACAGGAGCAGGAGGCGGGUUUAAUGAGAGAGGAGAGAUCGAGUACAAUGAUAAAGUUGAGAGUGAUGGCGAAUAUGACGACUUUGGUAGGAAGCGCAGAAGGAAGAGCUCUGCGACCACCCCCACCACUGCAGAGCUAUCAGAUCCUCUGCCCCCAGCCGCUGAGGAAGAAUCUGGGGAGGAGGAAGAUAUGUCCCGGUACGCUCUGGACGACAGCGAUGAGGAGGAGGAGGAAGGGGGUGAAAGUUCCUCUGAAGAUGAAGUAAAGAAAGCUAAGAUUAAACCUGCGUCAGCUGGUAGAAAGUCCUCUUCAAGAAGCCGAUCAAGAAGCCGAUCUGCGAAUGGGAAAAAGUCCCUGAGUAAGAGUGUCAGUCGAGAAAGGAGCACCGAAAAAUCACGAAGUAGAUCAAACAGCAGAAGCAAAACUAGCAGGAGCAAAACUAGCAGAAGCAAGACUAGCAGAAGCAAAACUAGCAGAAGCAAAACUAGCUCUCGCAGUAGAUCCCGGUCCAGGAAUCGCUCCAAGAAAACAAGUGGAUCCAAAUCCCGGGAACGAACCCGCAAGAUCAGUCGACACAGCACCCGUUCCCGCUCGGUAGAUCGGUCCCGAAAGAAGAGCAUGUCUCGUUCAAGAAACAGCUCCCGAAGAAGCAGCAAACGUCGCUCCUGCAGCCGUCCUAAAAGCAAGUCAAACAAACAAUCCCGGAGAAAUUCAAGCCGAGAAAACCGGCACCAGCGCAAAAGAAAACCUUCUUCAUCGUCCUCUAGCAGUAGUUCUAGCUCUGACGACAGCAGUCCGAAGAGACAAAAACGGGACAAGAAGAGACGGAGAAGCUCCAGCCGAUCUUCCUGACGGUUCGGUAUGGUAGGUGGUGCGAGUUACCUCGAACCACGGCAAUUCUUGCGUCCCUCGUUUUUAUGUCGGCUGAUCUUCAUUUAAUUCUGAAACAUUGAUGGAAAUAUUGUGUACAAAGUUUAAACCGUUAACCAUGUUCUAUUCUCAGGUUCUAAUCAGGUUUGAGUGGGAACCCCUUCUUUUGUGAAAUUGAAUGUUUUAAGCUGCUUUGCUUUGUUUUUUUCUUACUAUCAUCAAUCAUGCGACUAAUGCAUGAAUUUACAAAAUUUGCUGUCCAUUAUUUUUGACAUUUCAUCAAAAAUUCUGGUCCUCGCGAAGAUUUUCAAGUAUCGAAGCGAUGGUUAAAACCAUAAUGUUCAGGACAUUCAGGUAGUUGCCGUGUCUUGUGACAAAUGAGAAGACAAUAUCAUCUCCUACCAAAGGAAAAAGAGACUGAGAAUGUAAGAGGUCGAAUUUAUAUUCAAGUCCCUACUGAGGGUGUCAAAUCAUAUCAAAGAUCAAAAGAUCAGACACUUUCCAUGAUUUUCAGGAAGCUUUAAUAUAAUUGCGGCACAUUAGUGAUUCAACAUUUAAACUUAUCAUUUCACGCCAAAUAAUUUACUA